AUUCCAGAAGGUGGCGGUAAUGCACCUAAGGUUGUUUGCUACCGCUACAAAACAAGAAGAAGACAUUACCCACUCUACAACUAGCACUUGAAAAUAAUUGCCGUGUCAAAAUUCAUAGGCUGAAUGUUGUUGUAACGUCGGUGUGUGUUGUGAGCUCGCAACAUAAACAACGUGGCUUCAUUUGUGUUUAUUUGGAGUCACGUCACCUCUGCCGCCCUCCACUCUCUGUGGCAUGUGUACACAGUGACCAGCAACAUCCCGCGUCUUCCAUCCAUGAUGGCGGUGGUGAUGGUGGACGGUGUCAUCACGGAACAUUACGACAGCCGCACCAAGGUGACCGUGGCCAAACAGGCCUGGAUGGACGCCGUCACUCACAAAGAACCUGACUACUGGAAAAAGCAGACAGAAUUCUGGCAAAGACAGGAACACUUUGGAAACAUUAACAUGGCAAUACUUAAGGAUAGAUUCAACCAAUCACACGGCAUCCACGUGUUCCAGGUGCUGCACGGCUGCGAGUAUGACGACGACAGCGUCUCAAAGUCAGGCUUCAACCAUCACAGUUAUGAUGGCGACGACACGCUGUUUCUAGACAUGGAGAACCGGCGGUGGAUCUGGCUCCAGUCUCAGCUGGAGGCCACUGUCCGCAAGUGGAACCUCAAUGAAGGCUGGCUGGAGUUCAUGGACCAUCGCUUGCUUGAGGAAUGUCCUCAGCGCCUUUGCAAGAUGCUGAAAUAUAGGAAGAGCGUCCUGCAGAGAAUACAGAGGCCCCUGGUGGCUCUGCUGCAGACGCAGCCAUCGGCGCCGGUUACAUGUCACGCCACGGGAUUCUACCCCAACAUAGUGGACAUGUUCUGGAUGCGCGACGGUGAACAGCUUCACGACCAUGUGAAGCACGACCAGCUGCUCCCCAACCACGACGGAACUUUCCAGCUCAGCGUUUUCCUGAAUGUGAGUGCUGUGCCACCUGAAGACUGGCACCGCUAUGCGUGCAUCUUCAGGCUCGAAGGACUUCCCGAUAAGAUCAUCACCACGCUGGACGCCGCCAAAAUCGAAACAAACUACGUGAAGCCUGUGGAUCACACUAUCAUCAUUGUGGCCACAGUCGUGUUCGUCGCCACCAUGGUGCUAUCGGUGGGCGUUGGCAUUUUUGUUUACAGAAGACAACAGGCCCAAUUGUUGUAACGGAAUGUCACCGCGGCAACAAGCGAAUGGUGAGUAAGAUCGGUCAUCAAUAUUCAGUAUUCAACACAUCUAUUUCAGUUGUGGUGCAAGUUUUACAAAACAAUUUGUUUCAAUGAAUGAAUCUUUAUUUUUAACAUGAUUUAAAGAAUAAAAACAAUAAAAAACAAACAACA